UUUGUAUUGGCAUGAGUGAUAUGGAUGAAAAUGAGUCCUCUCCAAUCUCUCGUGAUUCCAUCAUCAACAUUGUAAACACCGUCUCUGCUGAGCUGGUACAGAAUGACUCUCUCACACCCACUCAGGAUCUUACCUCGGUGGGGGAAAGGCUGGAAAGAUUGCUCUCUAAUGAGAAACUGAGCUCACUCUCCCACACUCUUAGCAAUCUGAUCCAGAAUCUUUACAUCAAGGACCAAAAAGGAAUGACGGCCACAAAGUCAGUCUCUGAUUCUCUUCUUUUGAACAUGGGACAGAGUGGCAAAUUCCCCAAAAAAGAUAUCGUCAGACAGUUUGUUCAGUUGUAUGCUGAGGAGACAGUGAAGCAUUUUCUCCUUCCAUGCUUCAACAUUCCAUCACCUUGGAAAAUGGAUGUUGGAGGAGUUUUCCAACAUGCUUCGUCCUCUUCAUCUUGCCCCUGUUUUCUACAUUCUUUGUCAGACGUAGUACCCCAAGGUGCCUGGAGAUCUCCCUCACAUAUACUGCAGAGCACAUUACAAGAUCUUCCCACAGUCAUGGCAAGUAAUGUGAUGAACUUGCUAGCCCCGAAUCUGCAAACAACAGGUGAAUCAGAGGAGCAAACAGACCAGCAGCCAACACCUGAUAGUGUGCGUCUUUUUAGCAGACCUUCUUCAGGUGAUCUGACACAGAUUUCAGUGAGCGAGGAUAUUGUUAUGGGUUCCUCUUAUCCCUCACUGAACCCAAUGGACUCAACCUCAGAUGAGUACUCCAACUUGGUCUCUAUAUUAGUUGUUAGACUACUUUCCAAGUUGAAGGAUCAAGAGUCACUCACUGAUGAUAUGUUGGACAUAUCUAGAGUGCUAAUUGGCAGGAUAAUACCAGAAAUUGAUGCUGCCUUGGCCAUCGCAAAAAGGAAGAAAAAAUGUCCACAUGACGUGAGAAUCAGAAAAGUCUUUAAAGUAAUUUACAAUGAUCUCCGGCAUGAGUUUGGCGGCAAGGAAAAUCUCCUGAAGGCAAUGAUGUCAGAGGAUCCAUGUUUUGAGAAGUGUCUGGUCACAUCUCUAACACGUGAGUUCACUGAUACGCCAAACUCAAAUGAAGAGAAGAUCAAGAAGCGGACACUUCGGUUCCCAAAAAUCUCCAAAAUCAAGGCCUUUUUUAAUAUCAGUCUGAAGAAAUCAGGCAAUAAUAGAAAGGCGGAGUCCACCAAUAUGGACCAGAACUUGGAUCCAACCUCUGCUCAUGCUGUUCCAACUGUCCUAUGUGCAGGCUGCUUACCUUGUGUUCCACCAGUUCCCUCAAGUGAUACGACCACAUCUGCUUCACCAGAGGUGAAACCUCGCAAGGGCUUUUUCUCUAGAAUCAUCUCCAGUUUAUCCAGAAAAUCCACAAAGAUAUGCCCAGAGGCAUUUCAUUAAUAUUUCAAUAAACAUCAUUUGCAUCGAAUGGCUAAAA